AAGUCUGUCGGCUUAUAAUCUUUUGAAAAAAUAGUUUUUUUUAACAAUUACAACUAGUUAAUUCCCACGUGAUUCGUUUUUCCUAUAAAAGAUAUCCUAUAGCGUCUCUCGAGAAAGAUUGACAAUUUCUCAUUACUGAAAAAGUUAUCACAUUUCAAUACCGCGUGUCGUAUCCCACAUAAUUAAUUUCCUAACCUCACUUUUAAUACAUUAUUCCACAAGAUUUCGUAUGUAAAUUAAGGUAAUAUGCACCAUGUGUUCCCACGAGAGUAUUACCUGGGAAGUUAUAGACAAUUCUGUCAUGGACAGAAUGAUUGAUAACUCUUUGAUGCAUAAAUUCAUAUCAUCACCAAAGAUACGAAGGAGAACAAAAGUACUUAAUAAAGAAAUAAAGAAGCAUUGUAAUAUGAAAGAUUACAAACAUUAUAUAGAACUAAAAACUGCUGUCCUGCGAAACUUGAUAAAUGAUACUGACACUGAUGACAGCAGCAGUCUUACUGAUAUCGAUUAUGAUAUUAUAUAUAGCUCUCCAACGAAACAAGCCAAAUAUGUAGCCGAUAAUUCUAAAAGGUAUAUUUUCACCAGCGAAGAGGAUUGCGAAGGUUGUAAAAGGAAGAAUGACAGCGAGCAUAAAGAGAGACGUAGAAGUAAUAACAUAGAAAGAAGAAUAGAGAAAAAAGAAAAGAGGAAAGCACCACAAACAAAACAUACAGCAGAAUCUCAAAAACGUAUUAAUAUAGGUUGGCAAGAAGUCAUAAAGAAAAACAACUUAUCAAACUUAUCUAAACAAAAGCAUACAAAUAUCUCUGAUAAUGAAGAAAAUAUUUUAGAGAAUAAUGAAUGUGAUUAUUUCAAAUCACAAUCUAAUAAUCAGUUUCUUUCACGAAUUAAUUCUCAGAAAAAUAUGAAUUCUAAUAUAAUAAAAUCUGGAAACGAAUUUGUAAGGCAAAAUCACAGAGAUUCUGCAAUGGACAAUGAAUUGAAUUCUGAAGAUGAUAUGAUAUUCAAUAAAACAAAAUCUAUAAGUAAAAGAAAAGUACAGAAUCAGCAAAAUCAAAAUAUGUUGAUAAAUGAAUCAAAUGCUGAACUGGAUUUACAGGCUUCACAUCAAUUAUCUUCACUUCGAACGAUUAGUUUAGAAAAUAGUGAAUCUAACAAUGAAUUAAAUACCCUGGCUAAAGAUAGCAAUAAUUAUAAAUUCGAAGAAGUAAUGACUGAAAAUUCAAUAAAUACAAAGAAUCGCAAAUUAAAAUUGUUGAAAAAUGUUAAGAGAAACUUAAUACCUGCGCUAGAAGAAGCCAAUUCUACUGAUAAUAAUAAGAAUGUUGAACAAGAUAAGAAUGUAGAAGAUAAAUUAGCUGAUAAUCAGUCACUUUUAUCUACUCCAAGCCGACAUAGUACCCCGUUAAAGAAAAUGGGAGUACAUAUAUCCAAGAUGCAAAAUUUGUCUCCAGAUGCAUUGUCAUUAGAUCAACAGAAAGAUUCCGGAUUUGAUGAUGACUCACAAGAUAGAUUUGUCAAAAUUAGUAAACAAUCUAGUAAGAUUUCAAGUCGAAAUUUAGAAGAGAAGACGGAGAAAACGCUUACUUUUCAACAACUUAAAAAGAUUAAUGAUGUCAAAACAGUUAUUUCAAAAGAUUGUAAAGACAGUGCACAUUCGGAAUCUAAUAUUUUAGAGAAACAAGUUAGUAAGGAGCCUUUUGAAGAGGAGAAAACAAUGAAUUCUUUCCAAUUAGAUAAAACUGAUAUGAAUGCUGAAAUUUGUUCGAUAAAUCAGAAAGAUAAGCAUUUUGUAAAAACUAUAAAUUCAAAUAAUAUUAAAAAACAAUUGUUAUCUCUCAAACAAGAUUUAAAAAAUCAGUUAGACUCUUGCUAUCAUAUUCAAAAGAAAGAAAAUGGAGAAGUUAAAAAUUCCUCUGAAGAAAAAGAAGAAAUAUCUCUUCGAUUUAAUGAAAUCGAUAAAGAUACAAAAAUUUCUUCAACGAAAGAAGGUAAGACACAUUUCAUAAAACAAGAAAAGUUAUACGAUCAAAAACAGUCAUUCUCUCCUAAAAAAAAUUGUGUACAGAACUCAAUGAUAUCUAAUAAUAAUUUUUCAGAGAAACAAGAUAGUAGAGAAGAAAAGGAGUCUUUUGGAGAAAAUCAAAUUGAUGGAAAUACAGAGAUUUAUUCAACAAAUCAAGAAGAUGAGAUGCGCUUUGCGAAAUCAAAUGACUCGUGCGAGGUUCAAAAACAGCAACUGCUAUUCCCUAAGGAAAAUCAUGAACAAGAUAUACACCUUAGAUAUACACCAAGAAAGGAGGAAUCUUACAAGAAUAAUUUAAAUGAAGAUAACAAACAAGCGAACGAAAAGAAAGAAGAGAAAGAUUUCCCUCAAUUGUUACCUAAAGUUACAUGCACUGAAAUCUUAAAUAAAAAAUAUAAGAUAAUGGACAAGACAGACGAAGACGAUAUCAAGAAUAAUAUUGAGAAAAAUGAUUGUGUCAAUAAUAAUAUUGAUAUUGUCAAUGAACAUACUCCCAUAAAAAAGACACAUUGUCCAGAUAUCACUAAUUACGAUACUAAUAAUUGGCAAGAAGAAGUAAACUCAGAAAAAAUUGAUACACCAAUGGCAUUGGAAACUGAUAAUGAAGAAGAUAAUGUAAACUAUCUAUCGCCUCAAGCGAAAAAGCGACUUCAACAGCAAGCGAGAUUGAAUUUAGUCGUAAGCAGCGAUUCCAGUGAGAGCGAUGACGAAUGUGUAACCACUGAAACCUCGCAAAAGCGAAUCAACAGUUUAGAUAUGAGCCAUUGUAGUGAAAAUGAGUCGGAGAAUGAGACCGAUUGUACUUUUGAACAAAGUAAAAUGAAUAUUACAUGCAAUGAAAACAAUAAUUUAUCUCAAUCUUUAAAAAGCAGUCCACGAAACGAAAUGCAAUUUGAUCAAGAGGUAAAUAGUGACGACGAUGAUAAAAGAAAUGAAAGCGUUAAGGAAGAUGAGAGUUUUCAUUUAAGAGUUUCUGAAAGUAAUAUUUCGUGCAAUAAUGAGGAAUCUAUGGAUCAAUUUUCAAAAGACAAACAAUCUUCUUUAUUGAAUAAAGAAAAUAUGUAUCAAAGUAAUCAAGAUGAAGAUAGAAGCACAGAGGUUGAAUAUAAGUCUGAAUGUGAGCAAAGUAAGCAAUCAACCAAAGGUCCCAAUGCAGAACUUAAUAUUUCCUGUCAGUAUAGACCAUGUAACUUACGAGAACUAGUCGAGGAUGAAGAGUUACUUGUAGAAACGACAUCAGCAAGUUUUACAUUAACGGAUCUUUCUGAAGAUGAAGAAGCUUUUAUUUUGAAUAUUCCAAAAAAGGUCUUACAAUGUAAUUUACAAGGUCAAUUACUAACAUUAACAGAAAAUUUGAUAAAAUUUAAUAAAAGUAAAUAUAGAAUCAUGCAUAAGGAAGUGGGUACUACAUCUUGCAUUUUUGCUACUGGUAAAAAUCGGAAACCGUAUAAGAUAGUAAAUAUUAAAAAUAUCAGUACUCUUACCGUACGAGAAAAAUUGACACAUUUGAAAAAAUCAAGACCUCAUUAUACUGCUUCAAAAUUAUCCAAGAUAAAAAGUCAACAAACAAAAAACAAACAUUAAGAGUCUUAAACAGUGCAAACAACAAAAAAAAUCAGAUUCUGAAACCAGAUAUUUGUGAUAAAGAAGAUUGUUAUGAUAAUGAUUUACUAAAUGAUUUACUUAAAAAAUUAGAAAUUAGAAAAUACAUUUAAAAGAAACUGAAAAUGAUAAUUUGAAAUGAUAAUCUGAUGAUAACUGAAAAUGAUAAUCUGAAAAUUUUAAAAAGACAAUGACAAUAUUCGUAAUUUGAAUAUAUUGUAUUACGUACAUCAAUCGAAAUCUCGAACAAAAAUUGAAUACUGAUACAGUGGAAUGCAUUCUUAUAUCGUUUAGUUUGUCAAUUUGAUUCUUUUGUACUGUAUCUUUAUGUAGACGCAAAAUAAUC